AUGUCGAUUGUUCAGGAAAAUGCAUGCGCCCUGAACGCCCAACUUGAUCGCUUCCAGCAGCAGUUCGCCCCCCCGGAGAAGCUCUUGUACACCGACGAUGUUCCCACUCCGCACGUUUGCCGUCUGCAGAAUGUUGUCAAUUCUGUUUCGGUGACCUCAAAGACGCAGCCGCUCUUGUCACCCAGUCGCCUGGUGAAACUAUUGUCGGAUCCUGCCCUAUCGCACUCUACACUCGCCGCGGAGGCUUGGACGGACGAUGCAGCCGAUUAUCUGUGGCUGGUCGCUGCCAAGGCGGCCGUCCAGACAUCAGGUCUGGUCAUGAAUACUCUACUUGAUGACACCCUGCAGCUCCACGAAGAGACCUACUAUUGGAAUGAGGUACUGGGAUCCGUGUGGUACAGUGGCCUCUACGCGGCUCAGAUAUCGCCCGUGCGCCUAUGGCACUGGGCAAAGGAUCUCUCUCCAGUGCGAAAUGCCCAUGAUGCUCAUGCUUCCCUCUCGAGAUCUAUUGCCGCCAGAUGGGCCCGUUUCCACCAAAUCGCGCGACAAAGUAUGCAGGGAAUGUCCGAAUAUCCCAUUCAUCUCACCCUGUCUUCCCCCAUCCGAUCAUGCCGGUCUGGAAUCCGUCAAAAAAGAGAUCUUCUACUGUCGAUGAAGGAUAUUCAUACCAGUAGCUUGGGACUCCUCAUGGAGGGAUGGCAUUCAUUCCAAGCGAAGGAAUUCGUCACCACCGAUUCUACCGCGGACCGGAGACAGUGGCAGGAUUCAGUCAACAGGACGGUUGUUUUGACCGAAGCCAUCCUGCAGGAGGUGGCAAGCCAGCCCAACACCGUUGAAUUCGAACAACGGGUGUUUGCAACUCUGGACCAAAACACGACGAGCCUGCAAAUGCAGAGCGGUUUCUCCUCCAGCCAGCCCAUGCAUCUGAUCCAGCGCCUCACGUACAUUCUUCAGGAACAGUUGCCCAAACAUAAAACCUCGAUGUCCGCUUUCAUCAGUGAUCACGGGCGCCCAUCAAAACUCACCCGGUACUGGAUACCGGUAUUGACGGCGGUAAUGUCGAGUAGUGCAUCUCUGCGGUUGUUACUUCAUCGCCAGGACGAGAUCAUUCAAUGGAUUGCCAACAUCGGGGCCACCAUCAUCGACUUUGGCAGUAAUUGGGUAGUGGAGCCGAUCCACAAACUUAUUGGAACGAUCCGACACGAUGAGAAAAGCGAGAUUGCCAUCAUGAGUAAAGACAGCCUGGUGGCCGAUCGAACCAGCCUGGAGAGAAUGGUGAUCGAUUUUGUCCGUGACCAUCCCGACCCUGACCAAAGUCACCUAGCCGGGCAGGAUACCGCGGUUAUUGCAAACGCCGUGAAGGAGGGGGAUCUGACGCCAGUGCUAAAGGCUUACGAGAGGGACCUGCGUGCCCCCUUUGUUGGAACAAUUCGAGGCGAUCUCAUUCGCGCUCUUCUGAUCCAGAUCCAGAAAACCAAGGUGGAUGUGGAGAUCGCUAUCAGCGGCAUCAAUGCUCUUCUGAAGAGCCAGGAGCUUGUGUUUGGCUUUGUUGGGCUUACGCCUGGGAUUCUGGUCUCGUAUGCCACUCUACGGUGGAUGGCUGGGCUCUUCGGCAACCGACGAGGUCUUCGAAGAGGCAAGCGACAGCAUGAGCUGCGACGUGGCUUACGAAAUGUCACUCGGCUGCUGACCUCUGCGCCCCUUUCUGACGGGGUGAUCUCCCACAAGGACUCGGGGCGACUUCUCUACGAAGCCGAGGCCCUUCUUCAGCAGGUAAAGGGAGUACUGGGAGGCAUGCAGUACCGAGAGUUCCGGGAAGAUAUCCAAGAUCUACUGGACGUGGAGGGGGGAGUCGACAGGCAGCUUCGGGUGGUGGAGAGGAUGCGAUGGGCGCAUUUCCAUUAG